GUUUUUGAACAGGCAGAUGAAAAGUUGUUUUCAAGCGAAAGCGUCAUUUUAUUGUGAAAAUCAUAAAAUUAAUUCCAAUAAUUAAUCCUUGUCAUUCACAUUUCCAACGGUGACGACAUCGCUAUUUUUAUACACCAAAACAAAUUUCGCAAGUGGACGCAAACAUGUCGGAACUAUCCUAUCUGGAGAUGCUUACAAACAGGGAGCUGCAUGUGAAAUGCCUGGAAUAUGGUCUGCCCAAUAUACCAGUAACUGACUCGAGUCGCCGGGUUAUUUUGCGUCGCUUGCACGCUGCAAUUUCAGGCGUUCCAUUGAACAAAAAAAAAAGUGCAGCUGCAACAAAGAAGGCACCUAAACAUGUUGAGCCCACAAUAGUACAGAACAGUAAGCCGACACCAUCUGCUGAGGCAAGCAAGAAGAGGAAUACAAUUGCAGCAGCUAAAACUCCAAGCUACAACAACAGCAACUAUAAUAAUAACAACAACAACAGUCGUCGCACAAUUGCUGAUACGCCCAGCGAAUACUAUCCCCUGGAUAACGCGUCGAUGCGCUCCAUUGAAACAACAACAACUGUUUCGGAUGUGGGCUCACAGUCAGAGGAUGAUGAUUACCAUCAGUACAGUAAAGGGUACAGUACGGCCAGCGUCAAACGUGAUGAUCCGCGUCUGCGUCGCUCGGUUUCGUUGACCAAAUCCGGUGUGGUGACUACUUCUUAUGUGCGCGAAGUGCAGCAGCCGCAUCAGCCACAAUAUGAGGAAGAGGAGGAGGAAGUAGAUCUACCCCAAAGUUAUACAUAUCAUCGGCCACAGGUGGCAUCGCCGUCAAUGCAGACGCUGCCCGUGUAUCAGCCACAUAUUGAACGCUCCUAUGCCCCAGGCUUGUCAAGGCAAAGUCUGACCCAAACACAGCUGAACUCAACCAGCUAUUCCAACGCCAUCAAUGAGCAACCGGCACAUGAGUCGCCACGCAACACGUACAGCGGCUCAGCGGCGCCAUUUCAUUUUAAUGCUGCACCCACAUUCGCGAUGAGACAGCGCCAGACCGUUGGAGACAGCGGAGUGGCCAGAGGACGCCUUCUACAGCCCACUUACCAAGUGAACACACUAUAUCCACAGCUCAAUGAUUUCUAUGAUCAGCCCGACAGUAGACCACAGCCAAUGGACGUGGACACGGACAGCGAAUCGGAGCAGGAGAUUCAUACCCAUCAGCGUCGAUCGCCAGGCGGCAACACCAUUGAAUCCCCGUAUGUGAGCCAAUUUUCGCGUCAGCUGGAUGCACGCAAGCGUUCAUCACCCCUGGCCAGACCACAAAUCCGUUCCCAUAUUAAGCAAAGCGAUCCAAAUGGUCCAAUGCAGCAAUUUCGAGAACUCAUGAGAAGACUGGAUCAGCAAUAUCAUCUGAAGUUUUACUUCUAUCUCACAUUGUGCGUUUUGUUUGCCACAUUUGUGUACGUGAUUGUCACACCCUAAAGCCGUUGAGAAAUCUUUUCACUUGGUUAUGGCUUAAAACAAUGUAUAAUAUCUAAAAUCUGUACUAAUCAUAUAUACAGAUCAUUUAUAGUUAAAUCUCUCCUAAGCGGCAAAUCUGUUUUCGAUUUAUUUAAAUCGUGUUUAGGUGAUGGACGCAAUAGAUCAGGGAUCAUAACACUCAAAAUAUCUAUUUCGGUUUGAUUUUCGCAAAUCGGAAUGCCUUUCUCGGACUUUAAAUAUACUAAUUAUAACCUAUUAGUAAUUGUUGCAUUUUAAAUGUUGAAUAAAAAUCUGGUGACAACCAA